AUGCCUUCCGCGCAGCAAGCACAGAUAAAGCUGCACUGGCUGAACCAGUCCCGCUCCCAACGCAUCGUCUGGCUCCUUGAAGAGCUCAACGUCCCCUACGACAUUCAAGUGUACCACCGCGACAAGGAAACCCUCCUCGCCCCUCGGGAGCUCGAGGAUAUCCAUCCCCUCGGCAAGUCUCCCGUCAUCUCCAUCACGCAUCCCGGCGACGCUGGCGUUGCAAAACCCGUCAUUCUCGCCGAAAGCGGCUUCAUUACGCAGUACCUCGUGGAUCAUUUCCCCGAGGGGAAGAAGCUGGUCCCGGAGCGGUGGCAGGACGGCAAGGAGAACACCGUUGGCGGCGAAACGGAGGCCUGGCUGCGGCACGCAUACUACAUGCACUACGCCGAGGGGAGCCUGAUGCCGUACCUGGUCUUUGCCCUGGUGGUUUCGCGCCUGAAAUCUCCCCAGGUUCCCUUCCUGGUGCGUCCCAUCACCUCCGUCAUUGCGAAUCGCAUCACGGCCAUGUUCGUCUACCCAAACGUCAAGAAGCACCUGGCCUUCAUCGACGGCCAGCUUGCCACCUCGGGGGGCAAGUACCUGUGCGGGGACAAGCUCAGCGCCGCGGACAUCCUGAUGAGUUUCCCCUUGAUUGCUGGCUCGGCGAGGUUCGACGAGCUGGGGACGUGGAAGGACGGGUCCUGGCGCAACGAGUUUCCCAGGGUGAGGGAGUAUGUGGAGCUUCUGGAGGCCGAGCCUGGAUACAGGAGGAGUGUGGAAAAGGUCGAGGCUAUCGACGGAAAGUACGAGUCUUCCCUGUAG